AUGCCGCUGACGGACCUGGUGCCGGCGGCGGCGGCGCACCCGCUGCUGCGCGACCGCCGCCGCCUGGCGCGCUACCUGCUGCUGGGCGCGGGCGCCGCGGCAGCAGGCUACGGCGCCUACCGCCUCUACCACUCCGAGGCGGCGGCAGACGGGCGGCGACAGCUGGCGCACCUGCGCGCCGCGCUGGCCGCCUACGCCGACGCGUUUGGCACCGGCGCAGACACGCUGCAGCUGCUGCUCGCCGACCUGCGCGGCUUCCUGCAGUCUGACCGCGCCGACGUGCCGCCCAGCCUGCGCCAGCUGGCGCGCCUCAUGCAGUCACAGGAGGUGGCAGACUCGACGUCGGCCACCGUGGCGGCGCUGCUGCGCGGCGUCCCCUCGGCAGGCGCCGGCUCCUCCGCGCCGGCUGCAGCAGCCGUGGAUGGCGACCGCCACGGCACCAACCACGGCAGCAACCAUGGCGGCGGCAGCCGUGGCGGGGGCGCACUGGAUCGGGUGCUGGAGGCGUUGCUCAGCGAGCGGGGCCAGGGCCUGGUGUCUGUGGCCGUCAGCCUGGGCGCCCGCAACCUCGUCGCCGCCUACUGCGAGGCCCAGCACACGCUGGCGGCGCAGGACGCGGCGGCGGCGGCGGCCGCGCACGCGCCGCCGCCGCCCGACCUCGCCGCCCGCCUGCUCGGCUUCCUGGCCUCGCCGGCGGGCCAGCAGCUGGCGGUGCUGACCAUCGGCGCCUUUGUCUCCUCAGGCAUGCGAGCCUACUUGGACCAAACCUUGGACCUCAACCUGUACGAGGUGCGCCUGGCGGGGCUGCUGGGUGCGCCUAGCAGGGCUGCGGGGGGUGGCGGCGCCUGCUACUGGGAUCUGUUUGCGGCGAUGGCCAAGCCGGAGCACCUGGAGGCGGUCAAGCAGUGUGUGGGGGUGUUUGCGCGGGACGUGGUGGGCACGUACCUUGCCGGGCCAGCCGCCAUCCAGGCGGGCAGCGGCCAGGACGCUGCUGCUGCUGCCGCGGCCGCGGCACAGCCGCCGCCGCCGCCGCGCGCGCAGCUGCGGCUGUCCACGAGUAUACACAAAGUGCUGGGCGGGGCCGGCGUGGAGCGGGAGCGGCGGCCGCGGGAGGAGGAGGAGGAGGCGGCGGCGGCGGCCGACACGGGCAGCCCCUGCGGCAGCAGCGCGUCGGGGGAGUGGUCGGGGCGGCGGUGCCAGGCGGCGGCAGUACCGGCCCCUGCGGCGCCUUCUGAUAUAGACAGCGACGUGCUGCUGCCCCCUGAGGCUGCGCCGGCCAAGGGCGGCGGCGGCGGCGGCGGCGGCGGCGACAGCGCUCGCAGCCACGACAGUGCCGCCUCCUGCUGCUGCACGCCGCCUGCCGCAGCAGAGACUGCCGCGGCGGCCGCCGGCGCCGCGGCGCGGCCGGUGCUGCCGCAGCUGCGGCGCGUGCAGCAGCAGGAGGCGGCGGCGGGCCUGCAGCGCCAGGGCAGCGGCAACCUGGAAUGGAUUUCGGCCGUCGGCAAGGAGUGGCUGAACGUGGCCCAGCACCCACAUGGCCGUACCGUGAUGGUGGAGCUGGCCGGUACCGCGGCCAAGGAGGCGGCACGCGGCAUGGGUGCCGCCCUGGCCGACCAGUUCCACACGCAGUGGCUGGUGCUGGCCGCGUUUGCCGUGCUGCUGCUGGCCUUGCUCAUGCAGCGCAUGCUGGCCACGGUGCUGCUGUGA